GAUCUUGAAGGUAACAGGGAAAUAUUGUUGAACGAAUAUAAGAGAUGGUAGCAUGGUGCUAUUAAAGCGAUCGGUCGUGUUUGUCUUUAUAAUUCUUGUUCUUGGAGCAACAUUUGUAGUUUAUUUAAAACAACCAAGGAGUAUAUUCCACAAAACCUUACAAUUAUCUUGGUAUACUGUUCAAUUCAAUAAAAGUAUUUUAAAGAAACCUGUUGUAGAGUUGAAUGAUAAAUGGAUUGUAGUAUCAGAUCGUACAGCUAGUCAAGAGAAUUUAGAUUAUUUACAGAAUAUAACAGAUUGGAUGGUAGUAUUAGUUUAUGAUCAUAGUGAAUCAUCGACCUUGCAAUGCAGAAAACCAAGCUGUGUAGUGCUGGAUCAAACAAAGCAAAAAAACCUAGGAUAUCAAAUAUUUGAGUCUAUACCACAUGGAAAGAAUAAAAAUAAGUGCAUGGGAUAUAUGUACGCGAUUCAACACGGUGCUAAAUAUAUAUAUGACACAGAUGGUGCCAGCUAUCCGUGGGAUAAUCUGACAGAUUUUCUUUAUGAGGAAAAAUCUCAUGGCUUACGAUAUAACACUACAUCCAUCUUUAACCCAUACAGACAUUUUGGGCAACCAACAUUAUGGCCGCGCGGAUACCCCUUGAAUUCUGUUGGGGAAAAUAUAACACAUCAUUAUUUCCUUGGUCAUUGGAAAACUCCAUUAAUACAACAAACUAUGACAGAAGGAAGUUCUGAUGUUGAUGCUUAUAUCCGUUUGACACGGAAAAAAACUGAAUCCGUGUUAAAUGUUACUUUUGAUAGACAGGCACCACCAGUUUUCAUCGCAGAAAAUGUGUUCUCACCUCUGAAUGCACAGAACACAUUGUUUCAUUACAAAGCUAUGUGGGCAUUACUUUUACCAAUCAGUACGCCACAAUUAGUCAGUGAUAUUUGGAGGGGUUAUUGGGCUCAACGUCUGUUAUGGGAAAUUGGUGGAACUAUUUCUUUCCUGCCCCCAAAUGGUCGACGAAUUUUGAAACCUCAUUCGUAUUUUAGUGAAGCUGUUAAUGAAAAAGAUCUGUACUUUCAAUCCGAAAAUCUAAUAAACCUAUUACAAAAGUGGCAAUGUGGUCUGAACCUCGGAUUUUUCUAUUGUAUAAUGGACUUAACAACAACCAUGGCAACAAAAGAAUUCUUGAGUGUGGAUGAUGUGAAAUUAGUAAAAGCUUGGCUUAAUGAUUUAAAAGCACUGAAUUAUACUGAACCAAAGAGGGUAUUAAAACCCAUUACUUUUCCUCAACCAUCCAAACAGCGAAAAAUAGAUGAACUAAAACCAGUUUAUUUCUGGCCAACUGUACAAAGUCCGCCAUCUUUAUUUAGAAAUCGACCACCAGAGGGACCAAGAUGGUUUCAGAUGAAACAAAUAUCAAAUCUAUGUUCAAAUUUCUCAUUAACUCUUCAAGAUAUGGUGCAAUCGAAUCUCACACAAUUUCCCAAUAUACUUCUGAUUAUUCUCUUCAAUUAUCCACAUUAUGGGGCUGUGCCUUAUUUAGAAAAAUUAUAUAAAGUUCACUUCAAAAAUAUUCUUUACUGCGGUGACAACAUUAGGGCUUUCGAGCAAGUGGCCCAAACCCUUUAUCCACGAAGACUGUCAUUCAUUGAGAUAUAUUCAAACAAGGGUUAUAAUGGAAUGAGAUGUAUGAAUUACGCAAUGAAAAUGAAGUUCAACGUCGACGGUUAUCUUAUGACGGGGGACGAUGCCAUUAUUAAUCCAUGGAGCCUUAAAUCAUUACCUUUGACUGAAAUAUGGGGUGCCAAUCGUGAACUUCGAACACUGGCUAUGAAAAUCAGUGACUGCAGGUUUUGUAAUUGGUGGUGGGGGCAAUAUGGUAGAGAGCGCUUUAUUAGAAGUCUUAAGGAAAUGGAAGGGUUAUCUAAAAAGAAUUCUGAUGCUAAAAAGACAAUAAAUUUAUUUUUAAGUCAGCUAAAAAAUAAUACUCGCACAAAAGAAGCAGCUUUUAAAGGUAUGUCUGAUGUGUAUUAUAUUCCAAGAAGACAUAAAGACAAAUUUAUUUUUAUAUCUGAUAUAUUUUGUAAACAUGAAUUUUUUUUAGAGUUAGCUUUUCCUACAUUAACUGCUGGACUAGAACCUGUGAGAAAAAUCUACAAAUUAAGUGGACGCUAUAUCUGGGGCCCCACUAGAGACAAAUAUCAGGGAUUGUAUAGUUCAAAAAAGAACUAUUAUCAUCCCAUUAAAAUAGAAAAAGAAGUAAAAGCUAACAGUUCAUUGAUAUUUCAGUUCUUUUGCAAAAAGUAUUUUCCAUUUUCCUUUGAACAUGUGGUUUAGUUGUUUCAAUGUUGAAUCUUGUCUAGCAGCGCCCCUGUCUAUAUUUGUACCAUGGUAAGUGUCCUUUAUUGCCAAUGUGCCAUUUUUUAAAUUAUUUUACUAAAUUUGUUUUUUUUUUCAAAAUAUUCCUUCAAUUUUGCUGAAAAGUUGUAAGAGGCAAAGGCAAUAUUUUCACAUGCAUUUAGCUAGGUGGCAUAGCUUAAGUGCCUGUUCAGAAUCUGGUUGUCCUUUUUCUCUACACUCUCUUGUGGUUGGGCCAUUGGAACAUCCAGCUGCCAUCCUUGGUAUCCCAAGUGGAAUCAUUCCGUUUGACACCACUAAGCCCUGUGUCCAUUCACAUGAGUUUUCACAAAUUCAAAUUAUCUGCCCUUGAUGCUUUCAUUGGCAUGUAGGUUGAUUCUACGAAGCAAUCAAAACACAGUUUACAUACCAGUCUUAGCGUUAUUGUUUAUAUUAAUAAAGCAGUUUGCAUGCUCGAUUUAGUUACAAUAAAAUUUGAGUUACUUCCCUUCGGAUUUUUUUUAUCUUUCGAUUAAAAUCGCCCAAUUAUCAAGGGUUGAUAAUUUGACUAUGUGUCUCCCUAAUGAAUGGACCUAGGGGUUAGUGGGGAUACCGAGGAUGUUCAGCCACCCAGUAUCCCCCAGGAUUAAAUAGAAGCAAUGACAAGGAUUAGUGUGGUAUCGCCUGAAGAAGUUCUGAUAUACCAUAUUUAUUGGGAUAAUCACAUUCAUUUUAACAAAUAUCUUUAGCAACUACAAGAAUCUAUUAUGUGUAAAAAUCCACAACAAACUUUUAAGGAAGUAAAUUUUGUAUGUUGGAAUUUAUAUUUAUUUUUCAUGGUUAUUUAUAGAAAUGAGUAAAUUACUUUUCU